AGACCUUUAAAAGUAUGAAUCUCUAAUAGUUAAAAAAAAACACGUUAAUUUUUUCAUAAAAGGUAGUUUUCUGAUGGAAAAUAACAAAACACUAAAAAAAAAUCUGGAGUUUCACAUUCUUCUCUGAAACUUAUUAUACUGUCGAAUAUUUCAAACAAUUUUACAUACGAACUUUUGUAGAAAAAAAUCCCUCAAUUCCUCCACCUUUUACUUUUCUAGGACAAAUGUAUCGGGAGGGGGGAGGGAUGGUGGGGUUGGACUGAUCCUGGAUUACAUAGGGGGUAUUACGCAACAUGUAGCCCCGAUUUUUAAUCAAGGCGUCCUUCGUUGUAAAGGAAAUAGGCCUCGAUUGACCUCUUCCCGUCAUUCCUGGCUUUCCAAAAACGGCGAACAUUUCCAAAUUCGUUGUGCUGGUCGAUCUUCAACUCCAUCCUGAGGAACUGUCUUAGCUUAUCUUCUGCAUCCUCAUCCUUACUUUUAUUACACAAUCCAGUAAAGACAUUGUUUUCAUUGACCUCCUGGUGACACCUCAGAUCAGUUAUUUUGUCUUCAGUGCCAUCACCUGAUCGCCCCAGACCAUCAAUACCUCUACAAGAUUUUCCAACAUCUUCUCUUGUCCAACGUUAUUUGAUGUCGGUUUUUUUUUUUAUCUUUUCAAACUCGUCCAUUUUAUUUUAUACGAAAGUUAAUGAAUCUACAAAUUCGUUUGAGGACAACUCCAGCACUUUCACCCUUGAUUCUAAAUUGUUAACUUUCGAUGCCAAGUUUCCAAGAACACUUAGGAUUUUGUCCAAUUUCUCAUUUUACAUUUAUACAUGAUACUGAGACCAAUUUGUGGUUAGUUAGGGACCGCUACUGUUCCCAUUAUCAUUUCAAAACUUGGGCUGGUCGCAGAAUCAGUGGAUCCAGUGGACGGCUAUUUUGGGAUCGAAGUUAAAUGUAUGGUGAGUUGGCCCUCCUCGUGGUUCGGCGAACUAUACAGCACAUUAUUAGCUGCUACUAUUAAAGCAUAGAUUCAUUUUGUCCACCAGAGGGGCAUUUUCACUUGCAAUACUUACGGUGGGUUGUUUUUGACACGCUUGUAUUGAGACUCGCGCUUGUCUUUCUUUUCUUCCUUUUCCCCAAACUCCUCACACUGAAAUACCAAGCAGUAAUAAAAAUUACCAUCACUUUAGACAUAAAUCCCUACGAAAAAUAGUUCCGAAUUUCUUUCUUUUUUUUUUUUUUUUACGAAAUCACAAACAAUUCACACGAAAAACGAUUCACGAUAAAAUAAAAUCAUUAGAAAACCAGUUGUUGACGGUAACUGAGAGCGAUAUUAAAAAAUACACGUCCGCUCUCUUCGAACUUUCUCCGCUUCACCUAUACCUGCGAAUAAUAGAGUUGUCAGAUAAUCCGAAGGAUCAUCAAAAUUCCUAAACGUCGAAUACGACGCAAACAACUGGUAAUACGGGUGCUGUCAUUAUUUCCCUAAAUUCAUCUUAGAAUACCUAAGAUUAAGACAAUUCUUAGGAAUUUUCUGAGGUUUAGAAAAAAGCACAAUAUAGGAUUAAAAUUCUUCAUGAGUAUAUCUUAAUACAUUUCUUAUUAUCAAUUUCUGACCAAUACAUGCUACAUGGAUAUACAACUUCGUGUCGUUAAUACAUUUUCACGUUUUUACUAACGAAACCCGAAAACAUACAAAUAUCAAGGGACCUAAUAUCAGUCGGGAUCGUAGUUCACGUAAUUAUUGUUACUUUCGGUUUUAUGAAAUGGCAUCCAACGAUUUGGAGAAUUCCAAAGGUCCAGGAAUAGGAAAUUCUGUGGCAUGUCCCAUCUGCUUUGAGACCUACAAAAUACCUCGGUAUCUGCCGUGUUUUCACACAUUUUGUCACGACUGUUUGUCGUCUUAUAUCGUGACCUCGUGUAAACAGAAGAAGACCCCCGUCGGCUUUCGUUGUCCUCUAUGUUUAGACUUCGUCCCAGCACCCACAUUUUGCGUACAACUAGAAAAAUGGGCAGAACUGAUACCUAUCAAUAAAACAGUUACAGUGCUAUGUGAAAAUUUUGACAAGAUUUGCUAUGCUUGUAAACGUGAAGAUGAAGUAGAACAUGCAAGUGAUUGGUGCAAAGCGUGUGCAGAGUUGUUAUGCAAGCCAUGCGCGAAAGCUCAUAGGAGAAGCAUUACUAGCCGGGAUCAUAAGAUAAUUGCGAUCACGGAAUUUGAUAAAUUGCUUGGCGGAUGUGAGGAUGAAAAUGCUCAUUCCCUUUGUCGGAGCCAUAACAAAAAUGUGAAAUAUUUUUGUUUAGAUCAUGAAACACCUUGUUGCACUCAGUGUGUAUGCACUGAGCAUAGGAAGUGUAAACAGAUUGACACCAUGGAAGAAACUGCUCAAAAUCUACAACAGUCUCAAGAUGUGGACAGUCUGCUUCAAGAGAUCCAAAAGUACAACGAUGCCCUUACCAAAGCUAAAUCUGAGGGAGAUGACAAUAUCAAAGUCAUUGAAGAUACGGUAGACAGUACUACACAGGACUGUACUGAACUGAAGGAUAAAAUCGUGACACAUGUUGAAACUCUUUUCGAGAAAUAUUUAUCUGAUCUGGCAAGCGACGCAAAAGAAAACAAGGAGAAAAUUGCUUCAGCUGUGGAUGCCUUUUCUGAUCGACAACACCUAAUGGACAAGUUUUCCACGACUCUGAAGAAAGAGACAAAAUCCCCUUCUGUUCUUGUUACGGAAUACUUCAAAAUUAAAAAACAAUUUUCUUCUGUUACUCAGUUUGAUGUAUCUAAAGUGAAAAUCACCUUAAAGACCCACCCGCCAGUAGCAUUGACAAACAUUUUGCAGGUUUCAAAGUUUUCAGAUUUUGAAUUUAAAUUGGACUCGACUAGAUUUUUGCAAAAUAGUAUUGACAUGACGAGCGCUACAAUGCAUACUGUGAGUGAACUUGUCGGUUCAGAAGGAGAUAUCACUGGUGGUUGUUUCCUCCCAAAUGGGGAUAUUCUUCUGGCAAAUAAUGCGAUGUUUGGAGGUAGUUUUCUUCAUUACAGCAAUGCAAAACUUCAACGCAAAAUAAAAAGGGAUGAGGGACCAAGAGAUGUACUUUCUUAUGAACAAGGGUUAUUAUUAGCAUCUUCUAACAGAUAUGUUGAAAAGCUUAGUAUGGAUAGUUUUUUAAAUUUAAAGGAAGUGUUUGCUGGAAGUUCAUAUGCGUUAGCUUAUUCCUCCGGCUUCAUUUAUUGUGCACGCAGUACUUUUAUAGUGAAAUUUGAUAGUGAGGUAAAUAUUGUCAAGAAAUACCGGACAGAAGGUCGAACGCUAUCGGUUGCCAUUAGCAAAGAUCACGAAAUAAUCAGUUCAAGUUGUUCCUCUAAUGGCGUAACAAUGAUGAAUGAAGGGGGAGAGAAGAUCUUUUAUUACACACAUAACAAUCUGAAAUAUCCGUGCGGACUGGAUGUCGACUUCACUGGAAAUAUAUUCGUUGCAGGCAAUAACAGCAAUAAUAUUCAUGUACUGUCAUCAAAAGGAAACCUGUUAAAAAUAUUCGAUGUUACAGCUCCAAGAUGUAUCAAAUUUAAGGAGAAUUCACAUGUGUGUUUUGUAGGAACGGAAAAGGGAACCACGAAAGUGUAUGAAUUUAAAUCGAACUAAAUUGAGAACUGAACAGACACAAUCUUGAAGUAGGCAUUCGGCAAUAUAAAUUGCAAAAUAUAUUACAACCCAAAUAUGUUCGGGUUCGUAAUGAUUUUGAAAGUAUGAAUUGAAAUUACAUUGAAUUGUCCAACUUUUACCUUAUACAUGUAAAUAAUCAUUCUUCAGUUAUACAUGACGGAAUCAAAUCAAGCACUUUGAGUUCUUUAUUUUUACUUAGAGAUAGUUAUACGUGCACAUCCUAUAUAUUGUUUAACGGCAUGUGCUAUAGGAUACUCGUGUAGAACAUCUCAAGGUCAUAUCGCAAGGUAAUGUCUUACUUUCUAUCCUAUCAUAUUAAAGGGACUGAUUCAUGACACACCCACCCCCAAUUUUGUUUUCACUUUUAAUGUAACGUGUUUAGGAGAUUUCAUAAAAAAUGAAAGUUGUGCAUUAUCACAGAAGCUCACUGUGGAGAGUUUAUUUCUGUUGUAAACAAAGGUUAAGUCAUGCUAUUGUUUACGAAGUUUUCAAAAUAAAUGGUUAUUGAUCUUAA